GGGCGCGCAGCUCGCCAGGCGCCGGCGUAGUAGACAGCGGCGGAAGGCAUGGCGACGUUGCGCAGACUGCGAGACACGCCACGGCACUUACUGGUCUGCGAGAAAUCCAAUUUCGGCCACGAAAAGUCGCGCCACCGGCACGUGGUGGAGACGCACUAUUACAACUACAGGGUCUCGUUCCUCAUUCCGGAAUGUGCCCUCCUGCCCCAAGAACUGAAAAGUCUGGUGACCGAGUUUGGACCCUAUUACCUUGUGAAGAACUUACCUGUGCACGAACUGAUCAGCCCCGAGUUCAUCAACACCUUUGUGAAGAAAGGCUCGUGCUAUGCGCUCACGUACAACACAAACAUCGAUGAAGACAACACCGUUGCCUUGCUCCCAAGUGGGAAAUUGAUUUUAUCCCUGGAUAAAGACACUUAUGAAGAAACUGGACUCCAAGGUCAUCCCUCUAAGUAUUCCGGCAGAAAAAUCAUGAAAUUUAUUGUUUCCAUUGAUUUGAUGGAUUUAUCCUUGAACCUGAUUUCUAAGAAGUAUGAAAGAAUAUCUUGGUCCUUCAAGGAAAAGAAACCCCUGAAAUUUGAUUUUCUUUUCGCCUGGCAUAAUACAGGUGCCCAAGAACUGGCGGUGGUGUCGUACUUUGGCAGUUACCAGAUCCGGGAGCAUCAGCCGCAGGUGGCCGUGAGCAGCCUGGGAGAGCUGCCGUGCCCCGUGCUGCAGAGCAGGGAGCUGGGGGGCCAGCCGGACGCGUCCUGCGGGGCCCUGGAGCUCUUCGACUGGCUUGGUGCUGUCUGCAGUGACGCCAGCCUAACUAACGAGCCCAGCGAUUUCGUGUCCACCUGCUGCUGUCCUCAGCCCAGCACGGUGCUGGCCCGAGCCUGUCUCUGCACCAUCACUGGCUUCCUGCUUCCGGAGAAGGUCGUGCUCCUGCUGGAACAGCUGCGGCACUACUUCGAUGAGCCGAAGCUGGCCCCGUGGCUGACGCUGUCGGUUCACGGCUUCGCGGACAGCCCCGUGUCGUGGCGAGAGAAGGAGCACGGCUUCCGCAGAGGCGGCGAGCAUCUGUACAGCUUCGUGGUUUUCAGCAAUCAGGACUACUGGCUUCAGAUGGCCGUGGGCGCCGAGGACGACUGUCCGCCCUGA